CGUUUCUCACGUCUGCACCCGGAAAGGUUAUUAUUUUUGGCGAACACUCUGCCGUGUAUUACAAGGUAGGUCCAGGCCGGAUCGGGCCAUUUUCUCGGCGCUCAGUCAGAUCGUACUAACUCCAGCCCGCCAUUGCCGCCGCCGUGUCGCUUAGAACGUAUCUUCUCGCGUCCAGAGAUAGUGACGACACCAAUACACUGUUUCUGGAAUUCCCAGAUAUCCAGUUCAGCUACAAAUGGGCGACCAGCGACCUGCCAUGGCACCUGUUUGGCGAACACGCACACAAAAGACAGCCCUCGGCUGACGAGGAGCUCAAUCCUGAGCUGGUGAAUGCACUGAACUCGCUGCUGUCUAAGAUCGACUCGCCCAUCCAGUACAGCGCGGCUUUCAUGUUCUUGUACCUGCUGGUGUCGCUGUGCGAAGAGAAAGACGUGGCAGGACUCACGUUCACAGUCCGGUCUACGCUGCCCGUGGGGGCCGGACUGGGAUCGUCUGCAUCGGUGUCUGUUUGCUUUGCGAGCGCGUUCUGCUAUCUGGGGGGCCACAUUCAGGAGCCUACAUUGAAGGCAGACGACGUCACCGUCAAGGACUCCGAGCAGUGUCUGUUCAUUGACGCGUGGGCUCUAAUGGGAGAAAAAUGCAGCCAUGGCAACCCGAGCGGGAUUGACAACGCUGUGGCCACGCACGGAGGAGCCGUGAUGUUCCAGAGAAUGGAAUCGUCUGUGCCGAGUAUCCGCACCUCGAUGCGCAACUUGCCGCCUCUGAACUUGCUGCUCACCAACACCAAAACCCCCCGCAGCACCGCUGCUUUGGUUGCCAACGUCUCGAAAACAGUGACCGAGUUCCCUAAACCAUCUGGACUAAUUCUGGAAACAAUGGAGGCCAUCGCAAGAGAGGCAUACACACUGAUGUUGCGCCCUUUCCUGGACAAACAGUCCAAGAACAGACUGAUGGAGCUUAUCCGCCUGAAUCACGGGCUUUUGGUGUCUCUAGGCGUGUCGCACCCGAACUUGGAGAGAGUCAAAUUGUGGAGUGACGAGCUACAGAUCGGACAAACAAAGCUCACGGGAGCUGGCGGGGGCGGUUGUGCGAUCACGCUAAUUGACGAUGAUGCAGCGACGCCCGAAAAAUUGCGGCAGCUGGAGGAAAAGUAUAAUCAGGCUGGGUUUGAGACCUUCAAGACUACGCUGGGAGGCAAAGGUGUGGGGCUACUGACGGAGAUUACCACAAUAACGUCGGAGAAACUUUGUCGCCUGCAUAAUAGAAACGAAAUUGAGGCAGCCGUCGGCUGUUCAGCCCUUCCUCAAUGGCGAUACUGGUAGACAAACAAGGUUGGGUCACGUGCGAUAUCUUUUUUAUCAGUAGCGAUGUCGCCUUAUCCAGACGCCACAGUUGGCAGAUUUUGCAUCAAAACUCCGCCAUGCAUUGCAUGUGGCUAAUCAGGCCAAGAAAAAAAAAAAAGUUAUAUUAAGGGAAGAAACAGGAAUACCCCAACAAUCAUUCCUCCUCCAACCAUGUCAUCAUCAGUCUCAACGAAACCCACCAGAUGGUACCACUGGUUUGAACCAGGCACAGACCGUAGAGAGAAGAUUCUGAUAUGGAAACUGGAUUUCUUCAUUCUCUCGUACUCCAUGAUGGCGUAUUUCUUGAAGUACCUUGAUCAAACCAACAUAUCCAACACCUACAUCUCUGGAAUGCAGGAAGAUCUGGGCUUCACGAAGAAUGAGCUUUCGUGGUUCAACACCUACUACAAUAUCGGACUUUGUAUCGGCUCCAUUCCAGCCGUUUUGCUUGCUGGUUAUUUCCGCCCUAGAAUUUAUCUCCCCACGCUCGACCUGUUGUGGUCUCUCUGUGUCCUGUUUAUUUACCUGGCCAAAAACGCAGAAACGAUAUACGCGCUGAGAUUUUUGAUCGGUCUGUUUGAGUCAUCCUGUAACCCAGGAACGCACUACAUGAUUGGAUGCUGGUACAAAAAGCGUGAGAUUAUGAGGCGGUCGAACUUUUUCGUUCUGGCUGGUAUCAUUGGCCAGGCCACUUCUUCCUACAUCCAGUCGGGUCUGCAGUCCUCGAUGGAUGGUAAGCGUGGUCUAGCUGCUUGGCAAUGGAUGUUCAUCAUCGAUGCUCUUAUCGGAGCUCCGGUCAUCAUAUAUGGAUACCUUUUCUUGCCUGACUAUCCUCACAACACUACCGCUUUCUACCUCAACGAUUGGGAAAGAACUCGUGCAAAAGAAAGAUUGGUCGAGGACGGCAGAGUGUCUAAGAGAAUCACGUUCUCUUUGAAAGAAAUCAAGCCUGUGCUCCUUUCUUGGCAAUUAUGGGCUUUCUGUAUUGGCUACUGUUUCUGGACGCUUACUGCAGGAUCCUACAUGUUGCAAUUUUUCGAAUUGUACCUCAAGUGGCUCAAGAUCUACUCUGUCAGUUAUAUCAAUAACUUCCCAACCAUCAUCUCCGCUGUCAACUUGGUGACAAUGUUUUCGACCGGUGUUAUCUGCGAUUUGACCGGAAACAGAAGCUGGGUGUGUGCGGGAGUUGGUCUCAUUCUUCUGGCCUCAUUCUUGAUCACCGCCAAAGGUCCCCUCGACAACAUACCACUUCGUAAGGCUGGCUACAUUUUGAGCGGAGUGUACGGUUGUUACACACCAAUCCUCACUGGUUGGUGUAAUGUUGCAUGCGGAAAGAACCCAAUUUUGCGUGCAGUCACCAUUCCUUCGAUGAUUGUGGUGGGUCAAGCCGUGGUGACUCCAUUCCAGCAGCACCUGUUCCCAUCGGGCGAGGCUCCUGUGUACGGAUCGACGCAUGGAUUCUACUACAGUAUCGGAUUUACGUGUGCCCUGCUUGUGUGGACCGGAUUUGUUAUUCCUGCUUUGGAGAAAUGGAGUUCCAGAAAAGAAGAGAAACAAGCGAAGGUAGAGGAAGAGCCAGUUCCAGAGAAGGAGUUUGAGAUGCUCUAAUUAAUUAUAUAGUUCUAUUUACUCGAUAUGAAACUUAAUAUUUCAG